AUGACUUCUCAUCCAACAAAAGAUUUAAAUCAACUUCGAAUAACACCACAAGAUGUCGUCGAUUUAAUUUAUGAUACAUUAGAAUGUUUACAUGAUAUUCUGAUGAAAAAUAAUAUACCAUAUACAAUAUUUUGUGGUACUGCUUUAGGUGCUGAACGACAUGGUGGUCUCAUUCCCUGGGAUGAUGACGCUGAUACAGCUAUUUUGAGUGAAAGUGAACAAAAAUUUGUGGAAUUAUCAGAUAUAUUUGCUAGUCGAGGUUUUAUUUUGAGUAAAGCAUUAUUUGUAGGAUAUCGUCUUUAUCAUGAAAGUUUAACUAAACUUCGUGCACACGAUCAAUAUCCAUUUCCAUUUGUUGAUAUAUUUUUAUUAAAUGAUACAGGUACAAGUUAUGAAUGUUCAAGUAAUGAAGCACGUAUCUAUUGGCCUCAGGUACCAUUACUAUAUGGUUGUUUUGAUCAUCUUGUUAAUGUUCAAUUUGGUCAUUUAACACUUCGUGGUUUAUCAGCAAACGAUAUGAAACAACAUUUAGACGAUAAUUACGGAAAAGAUUGGCCUUAUGUUGCAUGGAGAGAAUGGGAUCAUUAUUUGUAG